GAACCCACCUAGUCCAAGAACGCCCUCGCUCGCCCCUUUCUUCUUGUUUCCCUUUCUUCGAUGGCAGCAGCAAUGGAGGACGAGGGAGCCCCACUGCCGGAGCUAGCUUCGUUGCUCGAAGCCGCUUCCGAUUUCGCCUCAUAUCCUGGCUUUCAGAACGAUGCUUCGGCAAAGCAAUUCCUCGAUCGUUAUCCCUUAACCGUCCUCUUUGGUGUGUUGCAGACCAAGGCCGAUGUACCUGGGUUAGAGGAUACUAUAGUUGCCUGCUUAGAGAGAAUAUUCAAAACAAAAUAUGGAGCCUCUCUUCUCACAAAUUAUGCUCCUUUUAUACAAGCUGGAUUGCAGGCAAACUCUCAAACUGUCAGAUGCCUGGCUUGUAAAGCUGUAUCUUAUAUUUUGCAGAACACUGAAGAUAGUGUAGCUGCUGUCCAGAUUAUUGUUGGGUAUAGCAUUUAUCCACUUUUGAUUAACUGCUUACUUGAAGGGAAUGAACAAACUUCAAACGCUUCGCUGGAUGCUAUCACAAAUAUUGCUCAAGUUCCUGAGGGAAUUAGUAUCAUCUUUCCAGCUCAUAGUGUGGAAUCAGUGCAACUCAAAAAUGUAGCAGCUCAGUCCUCUUCGCUGGCACGAAUUCGGAUUUUAGCUCUCAUCGCAAAACUUUUCUCUCUUUCUAGCUCUGUUGCAACAGCAGUUUAUAACUCAAACCUGCUGAACUUAUUUGAGAUAGAAAUCAAUAACAAACAUGAUAUGCUGACCACCCUGAGUGCUAUGGAGCUUUUAUACGAGUUGGUUUCCUCUCCCUACAGUUCCAGUUUUGUACUGAAGACAACCUUGCUCCAGCUCUUGACUGAUAUAAUCAGCAACUUUUCAGUAGAUUCCAUUUUACGAUCUAGGGCAGUUUUGAUCAGUGGGAGGCUUCUUUCUUCAGCUGAUGCUUAUACAACUAUUGAUGAAUCAAGCAUUACAGCCCUUCUCUUGGCCAUUGAUGGAGAAUUAAAGCUGCUAGGAGGUCAGAAUACAGAUGAAUGUGAGAGUGCGUUAGAAGCUUUGGGUCUAAUCGGAGCAACAAAUCAAGGAGCAGCUCUGUUACUUACAAAUCCAUCAGUUGUGGCGAGGCAUGUUUUUGAAUCUGCCUUUAAUCGCCAGAGUAGAGGCAAACAACUGGCUGCUUUGCAUGCCCUUGGAAGCAUUUGUGGAGUUGACCGGCCAGAAGACAGCAUGCUGCUGGAUGAUAAGGCGGAGGAAUGUCUUAGGCGCUUUAUUUAUGCUACAGCUGCCAGCAGUCCAAAGUUGACACCAUCUGGUUUACUUCUCUCACUACUUCAACAGGAACCUGACUUACGAUUAGCUGGUUACAGACUGAUAUCUGGAUUAGUGGCUCGGUCAUGGUGCUUGAUGGAGGUUUGCUCAAAACAGGAGAUUAUCACUAUUGUGACUGAUGCAACAAUUGAAGAUACAAAAAAUGGCAUGGAAGCUCGAUAUCAAUGUUGCACAGCCAUCAGCAAGGCUUUAUCAACUUCAAAUUUGGUCCAUGACACCCCUAUUGCUGAAUUAGCAGGGAAGUUGCAGGAAGCUGUUAGAAGGGGUCCUUAUCUUGCUAAAAAACACGUCGAAGCUCAGCCUGUUGUCAUCACUGCAGAGAGAUUUUGAGUGCGCCAAUAUUUUAAGCAAGUGUCAAGUUAUAUGAUAUAAUAUCCUUUCUUGGAAUUGUAAUGUUUUAUUGAUCAUAAUUAGGAGGAUGGUUGCUCAAUGUACAAAAGUAGCGUGAUCAUGUGAUUCGCUGAUCAAGCUUAACAGAGUCCGAAACUUAGCAACUCCUCUCCAAGUAGAUUUUGCACGGUUGCCAUGUAUAUACCACUAUAAGUAUUCGCUGUCAAUCUGUUUCUGUUGCACUAA